UAUAAAAAGUCUUUUGUAAAUUAAUUUUUAAGGAACUUUUUGAUCUUCUUGCGGAUUCAGCUGACUGUACACACGACGAAUCGAAAAAGCUAUUCGAUAUUCUCUCCGCCGUGAUCGGUGCCAUUUAAUCCUCCAUUUUUUCCGACAAAAUGCCUUCAGGAAAGCUUGAAGUCCUCCUUGUCAGCGCUAAAGGACUCGAUGACACCGAUUUCUUCACAAAAAUGGAUCCUUAUGCGAUAAUCACAUGUAGAACUCAGGAACAAAAGAGCAACGUCGCAGCAGGACAAGGAUCUUCACCUGAAUGGAAUGAGACAUUUGUAUUUUCUGUUUCUGGUGAAGUGCUUGAACUUGUGAUCAAGAUAAUGGAUAGUGAUGUUAUUUCUGAAGAUGAUUUUGUUGGGGAGGCUAAAAUUCCACUUGGGACUUUGUUUGUGGAAGGAAACAUCCCACCAACACCAUACAAUGUGGUCGUUAAUGAUGAAUUCUGUGGGGAGAUUAAAGUUGGCCUCCAAUUCAUUCCAGAGGAUACAAAUGAAUACCAUGGGGAAGAGGAAAACUUUGGAGGAUGGAAAGAAUCUUCGUAUUAAAACUAUGGAUCGCAGUUUUAUAUGUAUUGAUCGGUAGCAGUUGAUUUUGCUUGAUUGUUUUCUUUUCAUUUUAUUGGAGACUAUUUGACUUUAAGUUGGACGAAAACUGUGUUCGUGA